AGCAAUAUAAUUCACGGAUCCCAUAAAUGAGCCAAGGACGGUUAAAGCAGACCUCCCAUCACACAAUCAAGAGUCUUACAAUAAUAAAAGUAACCGAGAGAAAAAUAAACAGUUUAAUCAUGAAAAAUAAAUAUCAAACAAAUAGUAAAAUUAAAAUAUUGCUUCCAAGCGUUAAACUCUCCUGCACUACAUGGCGGCAGUUCAGGAGGGGGACGGUCCAACAGUACUGAAGCAUCUUCCGCUCCUUGCCUUUGGUCCAGAUCAGUUCCAGCCCCUAGCCCCACACUUCGUCCAUGAGCUCAACCAUGAAUGGUAUCCUCGAAAUUCUCCACCUGCUGCUAAGGAUAUACAACAUUUGGCUACCAUAUAGUUGUUGCGGUAUGUCGAAGAAGAGAGCCUCACAUACCCAUUCCUUAAUGAUUCUGCUCACAUAUUUUAGUAGGAAUUUGUGCUGCAGGUUUAGAAACUUUUUCCGGGUAAAGUUGAAAAAAAGAAAAAUGUCACGUGAGAAUGAUAAAUACAGAGAGGGAAUAGCAGUGGGCACUUAUUACACUCACGCUUACCCCUACUAAUUUCUGAACUCUUUUUCUCUAUCAAAAGCACAGAUACACAAAAGCUUUCUACCUAUAAUUUCUCUCAUUUAGUUCCAUCACAGUCCAUAUCCACAUUCCUUAAUUUCUUGUGUUCUUUUACCUGUCAUAUGAUCCUUUAUGCUUAUCUGGGUCAAAUCUGAUCAUUGGUUUUCUGGUGUUCCAAUUGAAAAGCUAGCUACUCCUGGCCUGGAGAUAAAAUGGGGAAGAAGGGAAGUGGAUGGUUUUCCUCUGUAAAGAAGGCCUUCUACACACAGCAACCUAUGAACGAUUCUCCCAACAAGGAAGACAGAAACAACUCAGGAGAGGACAAAUGGGACCAAGAAGCCCCGGAGGUGGUCUCACUCGAACAUUAUUUCCCUUCACCUGAUCUGACCAGCAGGGAAACCAACGGCAAUGAUUCGCCGGUCGACGAUCCUAACCGUGCCAUUUCCGUCGCGCUCUCCACUGCUGCCGCUGCUGCCGCUGCCGCUAAGGCAGCUGCAGAGGUUUUCAGGCUGGCAGGAUGUAGCCGCUGGUCUAAGCCGGACAGAGCUGCCACACUCAUUCAAUCCCAUUACAGAGGAUAUCUUGCAAGAAGAGCAUUGAGGGCGCUGCGGGCAUUGGUGAGGCUGCAAGCAUUGGUAAGGGGUAACUAUGUGCGGAAGCAGACGCUGAUGACGAUGCGGUGCAUGCAAUCUUUGGUGCGCGUGCAGGGAAGAGUCAAAGCCGGGAGGGUGCUGCAAUCCGCCGCCGUCAAACAGAAGCUGCCCUCCAUCAGCCGCCACUCCGGUGGUGUCAAUGUUGACUUUGAAGCUGAAAGGUCAUUGCAGAAUCUCGAAGAAAGGAUGAGGAAGCUCGGAAAGACAUUGCAGAAGCAGCAGGUGGAGAAGGAUGAUGAUGAGGGGGUGAGUGAUACGAUUCUGGAAUCUUCUGGAGGAAUGGAUGAUGAUUCAGAGAUGAAAAGAGAGAGAGAUCUUGCUUAUGCGGCCUAUGCCUACCAGGACAAAGAGCAAAUAUUAUGGGAUUCUAGUGCAAGUGACCACCAUCAUGAAGUGUUAUAUGGGAAAGAAGAGCCACAAUGGCGAAGGAGUUGGAUGGAUGGAUGGAUGGCUUCACAAGCAACCGAGUCUUCGCGGCCUAGCCAGCCACGAGAUGCAUCUUGCCUGACCAUUUCCAGUUCAGAUGGUAUAUCCGAAAAGACAGUUGAAAUCAAUUUUCCCGCACGAUUAGUCCGACCCGAGCAUGUCCAAUCAACAACCAAAUAUAACUUUAUUAACGCGGGCGGAACUAGUAGCCCGAAUUCAACCUAUGGACGUCGACAAACUUGGCCGGGCUUGGAAGAGAAUGUUCCGAGUUUCAUGGCCCCAACACAAUCUGCUAAGGCAAAGGUGCGGACCCAACAAGACUCGAAUAAGAUCCAUACCCAGAGAUCAGCCCAAUGGAACUCAUCAACCAAAAGUAGACCAGCUCGUCAGAUGGGCUCAAGAAGCCCAAACAUGAAAGCUUAUGCGAGGCAAGCGAAGUGGAUGCCCACUAAUAAUUACAGCAGCCCAGAGUCCAGCGGAGAUGAUAGGGUGUCACCAUUGAUGAGAAACUACGGAUGGAGAUAUAAUUUUGGUUGAUUAUUUGUGUUUAAUCUUGUGGUUCUUGUGUUACCGUACUUAGCUCUGUCUAUUGACUCUAUUUAAUCAUAUCAUUUAGGAAUACUCUAUUUUACUUUCAAAAAAAAAAUCGAAUACUUUAGUAGUUUUUCUCAACAAUAGAGAAAUGGAUAAUAAAAAAAUCAUGAAGUAAAUAUGAAGGACCAUUCUUGGUGUACACAACUUAUACACAAAAUGUGUACAUUGUCUGUAUACACAAACAAAUUGACAUGAAAUUCUG